AUGUCGGAAGAAAACAAGAAAGUUUCUCCGAAUCAAAAUGAACAAGGCGAUUCAACAUCAAAGUUAGAAGACGAGAUCGGUAACAUCCACUCGGCCAUCCAGAGCGUUCACAACAUGUGUCAAGAGGUUUUGAAUAAACAGAAAACACUCGAAAAAUCUAAUAUGGAAAUUGUUGAGAAGCUUAGGUUAUCAGAUGAGAGAAUUGAGAAACUUGCCAGAAAAUUUGAAGAAGACAUUGUCCAGGAAAAACUGACUGAAGAGCCGAUAAGCAGUCUUGAGAAUUCAGUCACUUCAUCAGAGUUUUCUAAUGAAAAAACAUCUCAGAUGCUGCCAAUGACUGGAAAGUGUUUUGUGCUGAAACAUGUCUUCACGGAUGUUCUGGAAAUGGAGGAAGGAGUAGAAUAUUAUGGCAAAGAAGAAGAACAUUUUGGUUUAAAAUGGCAAGCAUGUCUGUGGAAGCAAGAUAACGAACUCGCCUUAGGUUUAAAAUGCGUCAAGUCAUUGAAUGGGGAGGAAUGGUUGAUUUCAUCAGAUGCUCAAUUCAAACUGGUCUCGACAAACGGAAAAUAUCAUUCAGAGUUGAUGAGUGAUACCCAUGGAAAUGCGGAUGAUAACAGCGAGUUUGACUCGUAUGGCCCGGAUCCUUUCAUUGAGUGGAAUAAAAUGAAAGAAGAUUUUCUCGAAGAUGGCAAGCUGGCCGUUGAAAUCCAUGUGAAAGUCAAGGAAAUGACAGGAAUCUAUAAGAAUGAAUUGAAGAGCUUCGGUGAUGAAAUGAAACCAUUUUCUGAUGUUGUUCUUGUUGUCAAUGAGAAGAAGUUCUUCGUGUCGAAAUUGUACCUCGCUGGACAUUCUCCAUAUUUCAAUUCGCUUUUGAUGGGACAUUUUCAAGAAUCGAAGAAAUCUGAAAUCGAAUUGACUGGAAUCGAUGCGGAUGAUUUUCAGAAUUAUCUUGAAUUACUGUAUGGAGAACAAUCGAUUGAUGAAAUCACUGUCGAAGGGAUUAUUCUGUUGGCUGACAUGUACGAAACUCCACUGAUCAUUCGAAAAUGCGAGGAGUUUUUAAUCGAAAAAUCGGAGAAAUCAUUGAAGAAGAAGUUGCAAAUGUCUAUUCGGUACAAUUUGGAUGCUUUGAAGAAGCAAUGUUUCAGUGAAAUCAAAUCGAUUGAUGACAUAAAAUCUGUUAUCCCUGGAAAUAUUCACGACAUGGAUCCAUCGGUAAUGACGGAACUUCUUCAGAAGUGUCUCGCUCUUUGUUAA